AUGUUGUGGUCAACAAUUGCACCACGGAUUUUUUGGAUUUUAUUACUCAUCAGCAUUGGUAUAAUUGUAUCAGUACGUGGACAAUCACCGAAAGUAUUACGAUCACGUCAAAUUGGUCUCGAGGGGCAGGUGCUGUCGAGGAUCCUCUCGGAAUACGAUCCACAGACACGACCACCAGUCAGGGACUCGGCCGAUCAUUCCGCAAUCGUUGUGAUCGCAUCGAUCUUUAUCAACCGCAUCUUAUGGCACGAUCACCAAGCGGUUGUCGAUUUAUACCUACGACAACAGUGGGAAGAUGGUCGACUUGUAUAUCAAGUAGACGAUCGGGAUGGAAUUGAAGAGGUGGUCGUGCCACAUAAUAGAAGAAUUUGGAUACCUGAUACUUAUUUCUCGAAUGCUCAUGAUGUAAAUCAUGAAAAACGUCAUCGAACGGUUGUCGAACCAACAGGAUAUGUUCGAUCUUCCGAAAUGCGUACAGUGACAGUACCAGUGGAAUACAGCUCCAAGUAUCCAUUUGAAAACACUCGAAUGAUCAAACUAAGAUUAUCAAGUUAUAAAUAUCCAAUUGAAGACAUUGUCUAUUUAUGGGCAAAUUCACCGCCUACAGUGAUACCGGUUGAAGUAUCACAAGAAUUGCUAAGUGGCUUCUAUGAAUUUAAAGAAGCGGUAGCUGAAGAUUGCGCUGGAAAUUAUACAGUUGGUAUAUAUUCUUGUAUUGAUGUUCUCAUAACAUUCACUGGUGCCUCAUCCGAAGCAUUUUGGCGUAUUUUCAUCCCAUCAAUACUUUUGAUAUUAGCAUCAUGGCUUCAUUUUUGGGUUCAUGGUUCAUGGUCAGUUCCACGAACAAUCAGUGCUGCGGUGCCGUUCUUCAUCUUUGCUUCUAUUACGGUAUUCUAUCCACAGCCUAAUCUAUCAGUAUAUGGUGUGAGCAGCUUACAAAUAUGGCUUCUUUUUUGUCUAAUUUUGACAUUCGCAUCUUUGGUGGAAUAUUUCAUCGUUAUUUGUUGCGGAAUAAGAAGGACAAUUCGGUACAGAAAUGGAAAGAUCAUGAAAGAUGAUGAAUCUCCUCUUACUGUUACUAGAGAAACGGUAGAAGUUGCGUAUGAUACGAAAUGCGCCAAUUUCAAGCACAAUCAUGGCAUCGAUCUUGUUUCACGCUUACUCUUUCCGAUUAUUUUCCUUAUUUUCUUUAUUAUCUUUAUCAUUUUCUAUUUGAUAUGA